AAUGGCAAUGUGGCAUAGGGUGGUGUGAUAAUCCAAAGGCUCUGCUUUGACAGCCUAGAAAUUUUCUGAUAAUUUGUAACAUAAAUCAAAAAGAAUCUGUAAAUAAGUAGAUAUAUUUAUACAAAUAUAGUCCAAUUAAAAAAGUUAAUCUCUGUUUCUCGAAUACUUAUCGUCCUACAAUGUGCCUGUUAUGGUAUUAUGUUUAAUCGUACAUCCGUUUAUUUUUAUUUAUAUGGUUUGUGUUUUCAACGCAUUACGACAAAAUAAGGCAAUAUAAUACCUGCACAUUAGAACCUGUCCUGUCACUACUGUGUCAUCCCCACAAAGAGAGAAAUUGGUCAGCAAUAAUAUCAAGAACAUGCAGCAAAACGGCUUGGAAAAUGGUCACGACAAAAGAGAAGUUAGAGUAUGGUGUGAUGGGUGCUAUGACAUGGUUCAUUUUGGUCAUGCAAAUUCACUGAGACAGGCAAAAGCACUAGGUGACAAACUUAUUGUUGGAGUACAUAACGAUGACGAAAUAAGAAAACAUAAAGGUCCUCCUGUAUUCACUGAAGAAGAACGGUACAAAAUGGUGAGGGGAAUCAAAUGGGUGGAUGAAGUUAUCGAAGGAGCUCCAUACGUCACCACACUGGAAACACUGGAUAAGUAUGAUUGUGAUUUUUGCGUGCAUGGGGAUGACAUAACAGUGACGGCUGACGGAGUGGACACCUACAAGAUUGUAAAGGAUGCAGGCAGAUACAAAGAAGUACAGAGGACGGCGGGCGUAUCGACGACGGAUCUGGUAGGACGAAUGUUGCUCUUGACAAAAAACCAUUUCAAACAAGGUCAGUAUGAAUACAGCGUUGCCAAAGAGCAUUCAACAACAAUGGGUCAAGAUUCUUCAGCUAGAUCCCCCUAUACCGGUUGCAGCCAGUUCUUGCCCACCACGCAGAAGAUCAUCCAGUUUUCGGACGGCAAGGCGCCCAAAGAGGGAGACAGGAUCGUGUACGUUGCCGGGGCUUUCGAUCUGUUCCACGUCGGCCAUCUGGAUUUCCUGGAAAAGGCCAAGGCGCAGGGGGACUAUGUAAUAGUUGGUUUACACACGGAUCCAGUUGUGAACAGGUACAAGGACUCAAAUUACCCCAUAAUGAACCUGCACGAGCGGGUACUGAGCGUGUUGGCUUGCAAAUACGUGUCUGAAGUAGUCAUCGGUGCCCCAUACAAAGUCACACAGGAUUUAAUAGAUCACUUCAAUAUCGACAUUGUUAUUCACGGCAACACGCCAGUAAUGAUGGACGUAGAUGGAACACAUCCAUACGAGAUUCCGAAAGCCCUGGGAAAAUUUAAAAAUGUCGAUUCAGGAAACGAAAUGACAACGGACAGAAUCGUGGAGCGGAUAAUAAGGAACCGGCAACAGUUCCAAGAGCGAAACAAACAAAAAGAGGAAAAGGAAGUGAAGUUGGUGAACGAGUUGAACGCGAACAGUUUGGAAGUCUAUUGAAGAAAUUGUACAAAUUGGAACAAGAUUUGUAAUUUUCAGGUAGAGUUUUACAGGAAAAUUUUAUAUUUUACACGAAGACCUUUGCUAAUUUUUUAAAAAAGGAGAAAUGACAAAAUUUUGUUUAUGCUAUCUUUAUACAAACGUUUUUUUUUACGUACUAUUUCUUGUUCGAUAUAUAUUUUAUUUAAAUCUUAUAUAUGUAUUGUGC